AUGAAUCCGCCCGCCGACGAAACCGCCACCGGCACUUCAACGCCGACGUCGUCGUCAACACCGAGAAGGCCCGGAAAAAGGACGGCCGAGGAAAUGGCGCUCGAUUUGAUUAACAAUCGUCCGAAAGUUAAAAGAAUCGUCAAAUUGGUCUCCGUAUUUUAUGAGGGCAAAAUGCUGGAGCUCGACUUGAACGAAACGACUGUGCCAAGAGGAUUAAUUCAGUGGUUGCGGCACCUAUGUAGUCUUAUCGAUGAAGUGACCGAGGGAGGAUUCCCAAAGGAGUGGAAGGUCGACGAUGAUCCAAAAAACGUGCUUGGGCCUUAUACACACGAUGAAUUAGUCGAGCUGGUCGACAUGUAUAAUCUCGUCGCCAAACCGUUCGCCGGGGCGUGGGCUGGUUCCUACAACACUGGAAACCUCGGUGAUUGGGGAAAUCCACAUUGUACGUCUGAGAUUGCUGGAAGUAUUGUCCAGCUUGCGAUCGAAAUGGGCAUUCCGAAAGUGGAGGAUCUCAAUAAUUGCUAUCGUGCAUGGUCAUCGGAGAAUCAUAUACUCGAAUUGAUCUCAAUGACCCCUAUGAGACUAUCAAUGCCCCCUAUGAGACAUGUCAAAAAAUCCUCAAUCAUGCUUUUCCAGGUCUAUGGAGAGACGAAUCUAAACCAAAUGGCGUCGAUUCUCGAUGAAGUGGGUGUAACAAAUAAGGACGUCUUCAUCGACCUGGGCUGUGGAAUUGGACAGCUCGUGUUCUUCACCGCCGCCUAUGCUCAAUGCAAAAAGAGCUAUGGAAUCGAGCUGAAUCCAUUCCCAUAUCAGCUGGGUGCCAACGUCCAAUCGAUUUUCACAAAGCUCAUGAAGAAUUUCGGCAAACGAUUCGGAAAGAACGAAAUUCUGGAGGGUGAUCUGAUGAACGUCGUGUUUCGUGCGAAGAUCAGUGAAGCGACGGUGAUCUUCAUCAAUAAUUUGCUGUUCGAUGCUGAAUUUAUGUGGAGGCUGAAGACGGAGAUUCUUCAGUAUCUGGAUGAAGGCGUCAAGAUAAUCACUACGAAACCGCUCGGAGAUCCAAAGAAGAUCAAUGUUACAGACAGACGUAUAGGAGAUUUAUCUGCGAUAUCGGAGACAGUCUACCUGAAAUCGUUGCAAGGUGGUGUCUCGUGGACGGACAAACCGUGUCGCUUCUACCUGACAACAAUCAAUCGAAUGAAGCUCAUGAACUAUUUCAAGCAGAAGAGAGUAAUGGAGACAGAAAUGAGCUCGAAAAAGAAGAAGCCAACGAAACGUAAUCGUUCGAAUGAUUCCGCGACGUCGUCACUCGAUGAAUCCACGUUAUCAAUUCCACCUACUACGGAUGAGCCGAUUCAGAAGCGCCACGCGGGACGUCCAAAGCUGCCAAAGGCGAUUCCAGAUGUGCUUGAUGCUGAUACACCAUCCAAAAGCCGUGGUCGUCCAAAGCAGAUUUCGGAGUCAUCCAAGUCAUCGUCCCGUCGCAGAUCGUCUGACGAUGAGGACUACAAACCACCGUCUUCUUCGAUUCGUCGCAAACCGGCUCGUCGUUCUUCAGUUUUGCAGCCAAAGCAGGAGCCAUUGGACUACACCGAAAUGCCGCUUCUAGUCAAAGAAGAGAUUCUAGAUGACGUUAAGAAUGAGGACGUCAGCGAUGUGAUGGAACGAAUGCUGGAGCAGGUCGUCAAGAUGGUCUAG